GCUUGACGCCGAUCAACUGGAGACGAGGUGAAAGCUUUUUUUUUGACGAUUGAUUAGGUUGCCCGACGGCUUAGACCAGGCCAACAUUCCAAUCGUUAGUUCAUGUUUAAAGCUAUUGAAGAAAGAGUGCACUUUUUCGCGGGCACUGGCUGUCAUGCCCACCCCUCAUAGCUCAACUAGGGACUCAAUCGGUCCCUUGAAGUCUCCUUAAUCCAAGCUCAAUUAACCCAUAUCCAUAUUUCUUGUGCUCAUUCCUUCGUCUUCCGUGUCUGGUCUACACUUCUGCCACCUCCCUCCUCCAUUCCCUUAAAUAGCUUGGGUCUGAAGGCAUUCAACCGUCGUUCUGCUUCCUCCCCUCCCCCGACACUUCUAAACAUCACCAACAGUUACCAAGCCAAUUUACCCAGGUGAAUUGUAAGAUUAAUUUGGUAUCUAGUGUCAAGCUAAACAGUUUUCAGGUCAACCAAUCGAUUACUUCCUCCGGCAGAAACAUCCAAUCAUGUUCGGUACUCCUACUUCCAAGGCCGGGACGUUGUUCGACCUGAUCAGAUCGUCUCCUUCAACUGCUUCGUCCGCAUACCAAGACAGUCAGGAGAGUGCUACUAGACACGCUCGGAGUGGUGCGCCCAGCUUGCUAUCGAAGUCCCCCCCAUCCAUCGCCUCCUUCAACUCCGGAAGCCGCUAUCAACCCUCCUCGUGCUCGACUUACUCCGCUUCAGCCUUGCCUGCCUCCGGCCCCGCCCGCAAUAUCUUCAAAAAGCAGUACAUCCACCAAGCCAUCCGCCUGGUCGAUGACGCACUCAUGGAACAAGACAAAGGCUCCUGCUGUGAUGAGGCUUUUGCGCUCGAUUGCUACUUGGCCUCUCUUGAAUAUCUUCUAUCGGCUUUUCCUAUGGAAACUAAUUUUGACCGACAAAUUGGAUCAGUUGACCGUCAGGCGAUUGUCCACGCCAAACUUGUCAACCUGAUCCGCCGAACUGAAGAGUUUUCGGGGCCGAACCCACACGAACAAGCUGAGCCAAACCCCAGCUCACCAGGGCCACAGGGCGGGUGGUGGAAUGGCGUAUGGCGACGAGCAGGAUCGGGUAAAGCCAGACUGGAAAGCAGUCCCGCCUACGUCUCGGCUCCCUCCGAACUCGCCGCUCAAUGCAGUUGCGGAAGGAGGGUUUUGGUCAAAAUCCCGGAUUGGUUACUGUCUAGUAGCACCCCAACUCAGGAGCAGUCCAAUCAACCAGAAAACCAGACUACGCGUCGCGGGUUCAUUGCUACAUUGUGGGCAUGGCUUCUCGCCGGUAUCUUGUGGGCGAUAGGGAUAAUCAAUGGAAUCGUGAUACCUUACAUCGUGACUACUACGAUCAAAAUAUCGGUGGCUGUGGUCGUUUAUCUCGAAAAGAAGUUUCAAAUCGUCAAUCUGCUUUUGAAGCUCGUCAUCAACACCAUCAAAGUGCUCGUCAAAAUCAGUCAAGAUUGUCAGUUCAAUCAACAAGUCGGAGAUUUUGUUUCGUGGAUCAUCUCUCAUCUGCUCAGGAUUGCUCUAGCAUUUGUCAAGCAAGGCGAUCUCCAAAACUUGAACCAACUCUUCGAUAUCCAUCCGGGUACUCACACCGACCGCCCUCACCCUGAUCAUCCCAAACCUACCGUGGACAACAAUCGAUUGGAUAACCUGUUGAAAUCCCACUCUCAGCCCAGUCAAUUGUUUGCUGACCGCGGUAGCGGCUCUUCGUCUUCAAGAUUCUCGCGAACAUCCGACUCGACAUAUCAAGUCAAUCGUCCAGAACGUCUUGUUUCCACUUGGACCUCUGGAAAUCCUUCAAGUCCAUUUUCUACUAAACCCAACAGUUAUCCGCUCUGAACUCAUCCAUAGGACACCAUUUAUCCAUCUCUCCCGCUGAGCAAUCUCUUAGUAUUUGUGCCGUAUCUCUUGGGUGUAUUUAAUGAUUCAGAAGACAUUAUUGGCUGUGUUUUAUCUUUCAUUCUUCCAUGAUUGGUUGACCAAACUUGUAUGAUUAUAUGAAGGAACAAAAUGGCUGUUUAGUAAUGAGUUUAAAAUUGACAUUUGAUCAGAAAAUAUUGCCUUUAUAAAGCAAAAC